UAAGCUGGUGUGUACUCGUAUGUAUAGUUUUGAACAAUACAAACCACCGUUAUCUGUUACUUUAACAAACUUUAAAUCAAUACAACGGGUAUUUAUAAGUCUAUGUUUAUUGACUCAUUAUUGGAAACAUACAUGUGCUUGUUUUAAUUAUUGUUUUGGACUAAAUUGAGGCAUCGUUUAACAAUUAACAUGCAUAAGUCAGGCUUGAAGGAAGAAAAUCAUACAGCCAUUUUUCGAGUUACAAACAUGGAACGUUUUCAUACUAUGUGCAACCCAGUCAGGCGUUUCUAACAGCCUUAGUUUAAUACAAAGUGCAAUACCAGAAGAUCGAAACUUCAAAGGAAAGUAUAUUAAUGAAGGUAACUAAGUAUGGUACAGUGGAUUUAAUUUUCAACUAAGAACCGUCGAAGUGUGACCAAUCAGAAGCAUGAUCAGCAAAAGAAUGUGAUAAAUAAUGAAAUUAUUGAGCUUAUACAUUGUUCCAAUCCAGUCAAAAAAGGUGCUCACCGAAACAAAACAACAAUUAAGACAAUCAAAAACAUCUAAAGAAAUCGUUUCCCGUAAAUGAGGAAACAUGCGUUAAUUAAGCAGAAAAGUAAUAAUUUAAAUAAGAAACGGAGAUUGUAACAUCCACGUUUUGAACGUUAAUUACUGAAGGCAAUACAAUGGAAGUAACAACGGAAAUAUUUAGUUUCAGGUUCGCACCAUAUGUAAGUUGCAUCAAGUCUUGUAUGCUAUUCGGCCAUGUCUUAACAGGAUUGAUUUGCAUUGUAACUGAAAGUUUAGACUAUGUCGUCUCCACGUUUGUGUUCUGGAUAUGUGUUGUCGUGUUUACUUUCGUUGGAGCUGUGCUAAUAGUUGUCGUUGUUAAGGAAAUAAUAACACACAAUGAAACUAUUUUAUUCGUAAUUUUUCUAUUGUGUUUUGUCGAAGCCUAUCAACAUGGAGGAGCAUUUGUUUACGUUUUGUAUAAUUUUGUUCAUCCAAUUGUGCACAUACUCUUACCAAUUUACCUUUGUGUUUGUGUUUUACUGGUAACAUUGCAAGUUGUGUUGUCAUUCCUGAAAAUAUGUCAAUCAUAUUAUGUUAAUAGGGAAUUAGUAGUAAAUGAACUCCCUCAGAGUGUCCCUAAUCAUAAUGGCUUCAGCGAAGUGAUUAAUGAUGUAGAGAUUACUGAUGUAGAUGAAAACCCAGUGAUCACUGAUGUAGAGGUGGGCAGCGAAACUGAUCAUGAAGAAGGUAACACAGAGAUAAAUUAUGUAGAGGGUAGCACAUAUACAACUGAUGUAGAGGGGAACACAGAGAUAAGUGCUGUAGAGCGAACCCCAGAGAUAAAUGAUGCAGAGGGACACACAAAGAGUAAUGUUGUAAACAUGAAGAUAUUUCCACUUCACGACGACGAUGACACACCCAAAGAGUGUGUGAUAUGCACUGAGGAAAUAAUUUUCAUUACUAUUCUACCGUGUAUGCACUCGAACAUGUGCAAAAUGUGUGUUUUUAUGUGGCAACAAGAUAACAAUAGCUGUCCUUUUUGUAGGAAAAAGAUUGAAGGAUUAACACCAAGCGAGUGUUUGAUAUGCGCUGAGGAAAGGUCUGUCGUUACUAUUCUACCGUGUAUGCACUCUUACAUGUGCAAAAUGUGUAUCUGUAAGUGGCAACAAUAUAACAAUAGCUGUCCUUGUUGUAGAGAAGAGAUUGAAGGCUUAACACCCAGCGAGUGUUGAUAUGCGCUGAGGAAAGGUCUGUCGUUACUAUUCUACCGUAUAUGCAUUCGAACAUGUGCAAAAUAUGUGUCUGUAUGUGGCAACAAGAUAACAAUAGCUGAGGAAAGGUCUGUCGUUACUUUUCUCCAUUCUAUGCACGCAAACAUGUGUAAAGCGUGUUAUUCCCUGUGGCAAAAAUGUAACAAAUGUUGCCCGAUUUGUAGGAAAGCGAUUGAAGGAGUAAUUUCGUAUUUGCACGUGUAGUAUUUAUGCGAAGUUAUGGCUCUAUUUGGAAUAUAUGACUUCCAUUGCUUAAAUAUGAAAGAUCUUCUUAGUUUUGCUUCAAAGUAUGAAAAUGAACCUUAAACUUGUAAGGCAUAGCAGGUAUAUGCAAUAACCGUUAUUAAUUCAUAUAUUAAAAAAAUCAGUAAAGCCCAAUGUCGCACAAUUUUAAAUAUAAGUGUAUUUUAAUAAUAAUUUAAAACUGGUGAGUCUUUGAACGAAUGUAUCUUUUGUAAUUUACAUUUUCAGUAAAAAAGGAACUUGCAAUUUGAUGAAUGGCUAUGGUUGGUAUUGAAUAAAAUGUUUUAAAAAAUAUAUUAUACUGAUAUCGUAUACGUAGAUUUUUAUAAAUAGUGUUUGCAGUUGUAUUUCAUAUAAAUACGUACAAGAAGAAUUUGUUUUUGGAUUUUUAGAUUCAUGUCGCAUCAGCGAUGGUUCUUGCAAUAGUAUAUUAUACAGUUUUAAGGCGAUGCAUGUUAUAUGACGUGUACAUGUUUAUUCUAUAACAUAACUAAUAUCCACAUAAUUUCUUUUUCUUAUUGACCAUCUCAGAGGUUCCUGUCUUGUUAAAGCGUAUCAGUGUGCUUUGAACAUUUUCUGAAAAAUAUCCGGAUAUUAGCAUAAGGUGUAUCAUUAUAUUAUUAUCGCUGAACAUAGUUGAAACAUUUAAAUAUUGCAGGUGAACCUCUUAAUUUAUUCGAAUUGCAUUUGAAUAAAUACAAUUCAU